AUGAAAUCAGUCGGAAAAUCUUGGACUUCAUACUUUGCAGAUGAUUCGCAUUCAUAUCAAAAUCCACCGCUCACAUCGACAGAAAUAUUCUUUAUUGUCUCAUUCCUAGCACUAUUCUCACUGAUUUAUUUGAUAUAUGCACAACAUCAUAAGAUUCUAUUCUAUGUAAUGACGAGGUACGUUGUAUCAGGUUUUUUCUAUGCAGCGGGUAUAUUCAGUGUAUUGUACAUGAUUAUUGUUGACUACGAUAACAAAAGUCAAGAUGAGAAAGACAACAAAGACAAUGAAGCUCAACAGGAAUCCUCCAUGUAG